CUGCCAUACAUAAUGUGUAUAAGCUCGGAGAAUAAGGCCUUGUGUCGUCAAUGCCUGAAGCUUGUAUUGGGCUUGAAGAGUUGUGUUGUAGAGACGAACGUUGUUGUUGUAGAAAGCCUCGUGGUUCGUCAUCUACGUUGCAAACGUGAAGACGAUAUGAAGGGCUUGGAGAGCGAUUGUAAAUCAACCUGGGUGGUUGCCCAGCGCAAACUGAGAUACCUUGCAGUCCAAGUUGCCCUGGAAGCAAACUAAGGUGGGGUCGAGGGAUCCACGUCGAAGAACAGGAAGAGGGUGGUACGUACAGGCUCGGCAUGCCUCUACAUAAACGAGAAGACAAAGCAGUAGAGAGAAAGAGAGAGGAGAGAGAGAAAGAUAUAAAUUGUGGGAGUCUUCCAGACGAGAUGGAUCGAUCUACCUUGUAUACAAAAGUUUUCACACCCUUUUUCACCCCAUCGUACAU